AUAUAAUGCGUGUAAUACCGACGUGGUGUAAAAAAAUUAAUAUAACAUGCGUUGUAAUAAAAAAAUUAAAAGUUGUUAUUUGGUUCAUAAGCAUGCAAUAAGUAAUAACAAUUUAUUGAAUGUUUGUUAAUGUAUCAUCGUAAAUUUAUUAUCGUCAUUUACCAAAAUAUUUUCAUAAGUCUAACUUAUACUUUUAAACGUAACUUUUGCAAAGUAUAAUGAGAAAUAAAACACCUAAAUGGGUCACCAUCAUCAAAUUAGCAGUUUAACCGGCUUAUUUCAAUUUCAAGCAAAACAGUCAUCAAGGAUUACCAGAGUACAUAACUUGUUCUUUUGAAUCAGAUUGAAGAACAACAAGACAGUAUUAAGUCUACGAAAAAUGUUGGAACAUAAGUUAUAAUUCUGGUUAAACACAUUUUUAUGAUACAUCGAAUAUGAUUUUAUAAAUAACUCUGAGUUUAUCACCAAGUUUACUAUUAACAAUAAGAGUUUAAAACUAAUAUUAGUGCUUAAAUUAAACUGUUUAUUAUUGUCAGAAAAAUUUAAGAAAGCAUUAAUAUGAAAUCACUUUCGCUAGAAGAAAAGAAGUAUCUUUUGGCAGUGCAAAGAGGUGAUACUGCCAAUGUUAAGAGAAUGAUUGAACGUGCUUUUAAUUCGGGCCAUUUGGAUAUCAAUUGUAUGGAUUCAUUUGGUCGAGGUGCAAUAAAUUUAGCAAUAGAUUCUGAAAAUUUAGAAAUGCUUGAGAUGCUUGUGGUGAUGGGUGUUAGCCCUAAAGAUACUUUAUUGCAUGCAAUAAAUGCCGAAUUUGUGGAAGCAGUUGAAUUAUUACUUCAAUAUGAAGAGCUAGUGCAUGUUGAAGGUGACUUAUACAGUUGGGAAAAAGUCGAUUGGGAUAUCGCGUAUUUUACUCCAGAUAUUACACCUCUCAUUUUAGCCGCACAUAAGAACAAUUAUGAAAUAAUUAAAAUGCUUCUGGAUCGAGGGGCAACUCUGCCAAUGCCUCAUAUGAUCAAGUGUGGAUGUGAUAAAUGUAUCACGUCUGUAAAUAACGACUCACUUAGGUAUUCGAUGUGCCGAGUAAAUGAAUAUAGAGCACUAGCAAGUCCAUCGUUAAUUUCACUAUCAUCGGUCGAUCCUAUCCUCACAGCAUUUCAAUUGUCAUGGGAAUUGAGACGGUUAGCUAAAAUGGAAGUAGAGUUUACUAAAGAUUAUACAGAAUUACGUCAACAGUGUGAACAGUUUGCUGUUGACUUAUUGCAACAAACGAGAAGUACAUAUGAAUUGGAUAUUAUAUUAAAUCAUGACUCAGAAAAUCCUUCUAAUUCUAAGUCCUCAAAAUUCAAAUUAUUAGAUCAGGCCAUUAAAUAUAAGCAAAAGAAUUUUGUUGCCCAUCCAUAUAUACAACAACUUUUGGCAAAAGUUUGGUACGAAGGAUUACCGGGAUUUCGUCACUUAAGAUUACACAAACAAAUCAUGGAAGUUAUUAAAAUUAUUUAUUUUUUUCCAUUCUACUGUCUAGUUUAUUUGUAUGCCCCUACUGCAAAUAUCGGUAAAGUGAUGGAAAAACCUUUCAUGAAGUUUUUGAUCCAUUCCUCUUCAUAUUUAUCAUACCUAGGAUUAUUAGUAUUGGCAUCUCAAAGAGCAGAAACUCAAAUUAUAGAGUUCUUUGGUACAGAAUCUAUGGUGGAAGAAUUGAAAGAAAGUAAAUUACGACAGCGUGGCAAUACUCCAACAUUUAUAGAACUUUUAAUCUUAAAUUUUAUAUUAGGUUAUAUUUGGCAAGAAAUUUUAGAUGUGAAAAAAUUAGGUCUAAAAAAUUAUUUUGUGCAUAACGCUUGGAAUUAUGUUGAGUUUGCCCGGAAUAAGAUUUAUGUAGUUGUGAUAAUUCUACGAAUUUAUUCAUAUAUAAUUGAAAGUAUACAGAUAUCUCAUGAUCCUCGAUCAGCCUAUAUACCUCGAGAAAAAUGGGAUACUUUUGAUCCUCAACUUGUAGCUGAUGCGUUAUUUGCAGCUGCUAAUAUACUUAGCGCCUUGAAACUGAUUCACAUGUGCUCGAUAAGCUCUCAUUUAGGGCCGUUACAACUGUCUCUAAAAAGAAUGUUGUUAGAUAUUUUGAAGUUUUUUAGUAUUUACAGCCUAGUUUUGUUUUCAUUUGCCUGUGGAUUAAAUCAAUUAGUGGGAUAUUUUGCAAAUCUCGAAAGAAAUAAAUGUUUUUCUUUGCCUGACGGAUCGGCUAAUUGGGAAUCUGCUGGAGAAUCUUGUUCGAAAUGGAGAAGUUUUGGAAACUUGUUCGAAUCAAUUCAGACACUUUUCUGGACAGGUUUUGGUGACGUUUCAAUUGAAAAUUUUGACUUACCUGGUAUGAAACCGUACACGCGGUUUUGUGCAUUGCUUAUAUUUGCAACAUACUUGGUUAUUAAUGUAACCAUUCUUUUGAAUUUACUGAUUGCAAUGAUGUCUAAUUCAUACUCCAUAAUUGAGUGUCAAUCUGAUGUUGAGUGGAAAUUUUCAAGGACUAAAUUGUGGCUGAGCUGUUUUGAAGAGAUACCUACAUUACCAUCUCCUUACAAUAUAUACCCUUCAUUGAAGUUUAUAAAAGAUAUACUCUCAGUUUUUACCAAUUUUAGUUCAAAACCAAAAAAAUGGCCUCAGAAUAAGAAUUGUGAGAAAAACAACAAAAAACAAAGAGACUACGGAGAAUUUUCAACCGUUAUGCGUGCUCUUAUUUGGCGUUAUGUUUCUAUGAAGCAUCGUCUAUCAGAAAAUGAGGGUGUAACUGAAGAUGAUGUUAAUGAGAUUAAAUCUGAUAUAAAUUCUAUGAAGUACGACUUUCUUGAAGUUUUUCGAAAAAAUGGCAUGGAAGUAUUCAAUGACCAUCUAAAAAAAUCUACAGAUAAGAAAUCAAAAAUUUGGGAGAGACGACUGAUGUCUGAUUUUUAUGUCGCCCCAGUUUUGUUCAAUGUAGACGACAAUAGUAAGAAAAAUGAAGACUACAAAUAUCAGAAUAUACCCGAAAGACCAAUUGAUCGAUUUAGAAAAAUAGUAAAAAUAGUAGCAUCUCGAUCCACAUCUGGAAAAUGGAGGACUGCCAUAAGAGGCGUUUACCAAAAUUCACAGAUAGGAAUUUCAGCUAGGCCAGAAUCAUACCUUAACAAACAAAAUCUCCAAUGGGCAAUGAAUGAAGUUUGGAACAUGAGAAUAAAACAGCCAACGACUUCAGAUACAGGCACUUACCCAUUUAAACUUCCUGAGCGACCAAGCACAUUACGCGUUCUUAUUGAUGAAUUUCGACGAGCAAAGGAAGAAACUGGUAACUGUACUGGAAAUGAGUUAAUUACAUGGCCUCAUUCAAAAAAUUCUUUCGAAACUGAUAGAGGAAUUCGGAAAAAACUUUUGAAGAAUCUGCAUUCACAAGAACUUAACUGUACUGUAAAAAAUAUUAAAAAAUCGGCGUCGAUUUGGUAUGCUAAUCCACCAGUAUCAAUUAAACCACUAUUAACUAGACAAAGCAUGCCAAAUUUAACUGAGAUGUGCCAAACACCAGCUGAUUCAACUAAGACCCUAAAAGAAGAAAAUUCGAAAUAAAAUUAGAAAUUUAUUAUAUUUUAAUUUAAUUUUUUCUUUUUGUACAAUUUUUUCAUAAAUAUGUUUCAAUGAAAAACUUAUUAUUACGACUUCAUAAAAUAUUAAACUGUUAAAUAGAAUAUUGUUUUUAUUAAAUCAUUAUCAUAAUAAUUAUAUAA